UUUUGAUUUUGUUUCUACUCUUUCUAUCUUUGUUCAGGACGAAAAUAAUAAUAAGUUUGACUGAUCCUUCUCCUUAAACGUCGCCAAUUUCGAGUCGUCCCAAUUCACGACGAAAGCCAGGAUCUUGCUUGCGAUUCCGGAGCCGAAUUCAGUUGUUUUCUACUCCACCUUGUUCGAGGACCCCUUAAUAAAGGUCGCAAUCGACGGCAAACCCAUUUUCUAGAAUAAUUUCACCAUGGCGGACAAUACAGAUGUCUACCUCUUGUACCAGUACAAUCCGUCCGUCCCCAUCGCAGGAGUCGCAUCCGGAUUAUUCGCGAUUGUGACAGGGGUGCACAUUUUCCAGAUGUGCAAGAGUCGAGCAUGGUUCUUAAUUCCACUGGUACUUGGAGGACUUUUUGAAGUCAUCGGUUUCGCAGCCCGCGCAUACUCCGCUUCUCAGGAAGCCCCAAACUGGAGUCUCGGCCCCUAUAUCAUCCAGUCGGUCCUCACACUUGUCGCGCCAGCUCUGUUCGCGGGUAGUAUCUACAUGAUACUUGGUCGGGUCAUCUUGAUGACGGAUGGAGAGAGGUAUUCGAUGGUUCGCCAGAAGUGGCUGACCAAGAUCUUUGUGUGUGGCGAUAUCUUUGCGUUUUUGCUGCAAUCUGGAGGCGCAGGUCUCAUGUCCUCAUCCAGCAAAGCGAAGACCGGCGAGUACGUUGUGGUUGGAGGUCUGAUUUUCCAAAUCCUCUUCUUCGGACUAUUCGUUGUCGUGGCGUUCAUUUUCCACACCCGGCUACAAAAAUCGCCAACUUCAACAUCCCUCUCGGUACCGUGGAAGAAGCAUCUCUGGGCGCUGUAUAUCUCCAGUGCUCUGAUUUUGAUCCGAAGCAUUUUCCGUGUGAUUGAAUUCUUGCAGGGUAAUGCGGGGUACCUGUUCUCGCAUGAGGUGUUUAUGUAUGUUUUUGAUGCCAUUCUUAUGUUUGGUGUUUUGGUGCUAUUUUGUUGGUUACAUCCGGGAGAGAUUAGAAAGUACUUGGAGCUGGAGAAGAGGGCUAGUGGAGGUUCCGGAAGUGAGGUUCAGCUCGAGGAGCAGCAGGUUUUCAGACCUACUAAGUGACGGGGAUAAAUGGAAUAGGGAUAUAUAGACGGCGGGUUUAAUUUGAAAUUUCUACCAAUAGCU